CCUAGCUGCAAAGCAAGGUCAGACGUUCGUUGGAAACAUAUUAGAAUCGAUCAGAAAACUAGUUUGUGUUUUCACUUUUCACCAUCGUCCAGCCGAGAGGAGGCUAUGAAGAUCCGGCAUGUGCUCACCCAAUCCAUCACCUUCCUCGUUAUGGUCUUUGCGUUGUUCGUGCUGAUGCCCGAGGGAAUGGUGCUAGUGACGGGUGUCAAGUCACCGGCGAUGGCGGUUUUGUCGGAAAGUAUGGAGCCUGCAAUUAAAAAGGGCGAUAUGGUGUUUGUGCACAACAUGAGCAAUGCACCUUUCCGCGAAGGAGAGAUCGUUCUUUUCAGAGUUGAUGGCUUUGAACAUCCAAUUGUCCAUCGUGUGAUCAAGGUUCAAGAGCAUCGAGAUACUGGAGAAACCCAAAUACUCACCAAAGGAGACAACAAUUCAGUGGAUGACCAUUUUCUCUAUGCGAGCGGGCAGCUUUGGCUUCAACCCCAUGACAUUAUUGGCCGGGUUGCAGGCUAUUUGCCAUAUGCUGGAUGGCCUAGUGUCUUCAUCAGUGAAGCUUAUAAGAUGUUGCUGAAUAGUGGAAGCACUACAACUCCAGAAGUACUAUGGGUAACAAUGUAACCGCCGCAGAUUUAUGUGGACGACCUCCAUAGUGUCUUGUUCGUGGUUAAAGUAUGCAUCAAGCGAAUGAAGAGUAUGUAAAAGACGCAUCGUUAUCGUAGUCUACACAACAGAGUUAAUCGAGCUCCAUCUGCCUUGUUGAAGUCAUUUUUGUAGCACGGUCGACAUGAUUUCUUUUUUCCAGAACACGCAAAAGUUUUGCAUUUAUUUGCAGGGUCGACAUGAUUCCUUUUCUCAAGAACACGAAAGUCUUGCAUUUAUUUGCACGGUCGACAUGACUCUAACACCUUCUUUGAAAGGUAGAUUUUGGUGAAACAUGUAGUGAUGUAUUCUUCUUUUUCUUCUUCUUCA